AUGUUUACAUCUCUUGACGACACACCGCUCACCAAUGAGUUCAUCAGUAAAUCAUCACCCUUGGAGGAAACAGAGAGGCAAAAUUCAUUUCUUGAGGAGCUGAGGAUGCAGACAAUAAUCAAGAGCCAGAGUACCACUGCCAGAACUGUAGAAGCAUAUGAGAACAAGAGGGAUGCUCUGGGAAAGACACAGAAGAAACCCCCAGCUAGGCUGGAAAAAAUUGGAAAUGAGAAAGUGGGUGAUUUUACAGUGAAGGACAUGAAGCCUUCUGCUAAAGCAAAGAAACAGAUUAGGGAAGAGGAACUGAAUAAAACGCCACAACACAUCACAUCAUUUUUUCCCCCAGAAACUGCUCACCAAACCACAAAGAAACAGACUGAAAAGGACUGCCUGAGUUUUGAAAGCCAGAGAGGUACAGACACUCAGCCCUCACCUUUAGAUGCUGAGCCAGGGCUGCUGCUGAAGAAAAUAACUGCAGUAGACAGAACAAACAAUUGUACUGAGGAGAACGCUGUCACUGAGUCUUGGUAA